CUCGCCGCAAAAACCAUGAUCGCCUUAUUUCGAAUUGGCAUCAUUUUAUCUGCCUAUAUUUCAGGCGUCUAUCUACAAAACCUCUGUUCAUCGUACUUCACUUUUUCACACUGGACGCAAAAACAGUCGCUGAAAGACACAAUAAAAACUGCUGAGUUCAUCUCUGCAACUUCGAUAGCUUGCGCAUUAAGAUGCAACACGAGAAGCCACUGCGAUAAGGCGACCUUUGACAGAGACACUAAGAGAUGCUCUCUUUAUCAAAACAAGGGAAAAGAUUCCACUGAUAUCCAUGCCAGCGACGUAGAUCCAAAGUUAAGAAUUGUGACCCUGAGAAAGGUUCCGAUUCUUCCAGUGAGCGAAGAUCUGGAAGGAAGCUGUCCUUAUGGUAUUGACAACAAUGAUGAUAACCGUGGUUCCGUCUCUUCAACGAUAACAGACGAUCAAACAACGAUGAGGGCUUCGUGUAGCGAUAUCUUACAACAAAAUAGCUCAAGCCCAAGUGGUUUUUACAACAUAACAACUGGUGGAGAUACGUGGAAAACAUAUUGCAAAAUGGGAAGAAUUCCUGGAUGUGGAGAAGGAGGCUGGACACUAGUAAUGCGAAUCAAUGGAUCAAAGAAGACCUUUGCCUAUGAUUCCCCUCAGUGGGCCACAAGAUCUCCUUAUCAAACUGUUGACAAAUUGGUAGAAGCCAAACUUCCUGGGUACUGGCUUAGCUCUUUCAGCAGAAUAUGUGUCACCAUGAAAUUUUCAUCCCUGGAUAAAAAGGUCAGCCUGUUGUUAAACCAUACCGACAGCUCACUUCACGCAGCUUUAAACGGGGGAACGACCAAGAACUGGAGAGGAGAACUGUCCAACAUGACACAACCUCCCUGGAUCUCACCCAGUAUAAAUACCAGCUGUUUGGAGCAGGGCUUCAGCCUGUCUUCUAAGCUACCAUUAACGAAAGUCAAAACACAAGUUGGAAUACAGACCCAGACACAAAUCUGUUCCUUUCCAUAUUUGGUACGAGGUUUUGGUUUUGGAUAUCAGCACCCCAAUCUGAUAAAUACUAAGAUUAGUUGCGGAGAUAUUAUUAGCCCUACACCUAAUAUACAGACUUAUGCAGCUUUCUGUAGAAUCUACGUUCAGUAGUGAUGUAAAGUAAAGCGUUUUUCGAUUGCGUAUUGUAAAACCAAAAUCAGUGUAGAUUCACUACUACGAUUCGGAACAAAUGUAAAUAUUACAGGGAGUUGAUUAGAACUCAAACUGCAGGUGUUCAGUUUUGAAAAACGUGAGUGACCAACUCAUGACAGGUUUUAGUUUUGCAAUCUGAUUGAUUGAGAUGAUGG